ACUGAUUUCAGAUUAACUUUUAUACCAUCCCUUGAAGCCCAUAUGUCUAUCGCUUCUUUUGGCUCCGUCAAUUGGAACACCCCUUGGGACCUUUAUCCUGAAUGUCAAAAUCUUGAAAAUCUUAAAUCAAAAAAUUUAGCUUUACCUAAAUUUGAAAAAAAAAAUUGCGUAAUUUCUAAAUAUCCAUUUUACCUAGCAAUCGAAAAUUGUCAAGAUAAAGAUUACACUACUGAAAAAGUUUGGGAUACCUUUAAAUUAGGUGUUGUACCUGUUAUAUGGGGUGCUCCUAAUAUUCGUUCAUAUUUACCUCAUCCUAAAUCUGCUAUCUAUAUUAAUGACUUUCCCGAUACUGAAUCUCUUGCAAACUAUUUAAAAUAUUUGGCUAGUAAUGAGACAGCAUAUUUAGAAUAUCAUGAAUGGCGAA